AUGUCGGCUAUGGAUAUUGUUUCCACGGUGAACAUCCUCAUAAAUUUAGGGUUGGAAAUCCAGAACCGUUUGGAUUCGCUUAACCAGGCCGCUGAAGAGCUUCAGCUCUUGACCACCAACCUGCAACUUUUGUUGGACGUGUUUGAGAGCCCCGUGAACGAAAACAUCUUCAAGGGCAAUGUGUCACAGUUCGUGACCAUACUGGAUGUUCUGCAAAGCAUCGCACGGUCAUGCGCAGAAUGUGCAAAGGCGUUGGAUAUCGACCCGGCUGGCGCCACCAUCGCGGCAAAAACAGGGUCGCGUGGCAAGAAGUUUGUCAAACGAUUAUGGGCCUUGGGCAGGAUUCCAGAUCUUCUCGCAGAAAUCCAGCGCAAAGCCGAACAACUUCAACAUGUUUACACCGCAGUGUUUGCUGUGCUUAUCCAGGAUAUGCGGGUACAGCAAGGAAGAAUGACUGGGAAGGAACCCGUUGAAUCUGCCAUCGUCCAAAAGACCGCCGUCCCUGAAAAUAUGCUCGACUUCAACCUCAGCACGGACUUUGCCAGCAUCGAUCGGAUGGUGGGGAGCCUUAUGAAGGAAUGCGAAUACCUCCAACAACGGCUUCGGGAAGCUACUCUAAUUCCGGACGCAUCGGCCGUUCAGGAUUACCAGGCGCAGAACCCAGAAGCAGCAUCGUUUUGGAAGGACCGGUUCCAAAAGGACGGACUCAACGCUUCCGACCUUCGUUACGAGGUGCUAUACGUUUCAUGGGCACGCUUCGUCCAUGCGGUAGAAACAUCUUUCGUUCUUAAAAAGAUACCGACUGGAGUGUUCCAAGCCGAAAACAUCGACCUUAUUCGCCAACAAGGAUCCCGCUAUUUCAUCGACCAAAGAGGCACACGCUGUCUUUCCACCAUACGACCUCUCUGGCUCCCCGCUCUACGGUCUGCUCUCGAUCCUUUGAACAAGGGUUACGUCAAGCCACACGACUAUUUUGAUCUCCUCCAUGACACCUCCCUGUCCAACACACUGCGAAGGCUAGCCCUUGAAAGCUCCGGCUACGGGACGAUCAUUGAAUGUGAAAGGUCAGCUAGCGAUCUCUCCCUACCCGCGGCAAUCGAGUCUCCCAGGGACCAUAUCGGCUGGAUCUCCGCUCAGAUCGUGGCUGUUCCAACCCCUAAGGAGCUCGGAAUCGUUCCAGAUCAAGAGGUCAUCCGAUCAAGCAGCGAGGCCCUCCUUGGGCAUUUCAACAAUACCGCCCAAGAUAUCCACGUUUACGUGCGCUACCUCCAGACCGGCCAGAUCGAGCGGAAAAGUCUCUUGAGGCAGAUCCGUUCGGCUGGGGGCAUCUCGCUCGGCGCUGCGGUGUCCGUCCGGCGGGAACUGGAAUCGGGCGGUUAUGCGUGGAGCGAUGACCUUCAUAUCACUGAGUUCCAGGCAUGCUACGGAGGGCGGUAUAAGAUUACGGCGGGUGUGGGCUCGAGUGCGGUUGUGUUUUGCAUGAGACCGCUGAAGGGUUCCUUUGAUAAGAUGCUGCGGGACGAUGAGAGCUCAUCAGAUGAUUCUGCCGUCCUGGAACUUGAGUGUAUGCUUUUGGGGCCAUCGAAGACGUUCAUCCAGCCGCCGAAAGUAGGUGAAAAGGUCCAGAUCGAGCAUGAAGGGCUCUGGCACGAUGCAAGAGUUACAAUAGUGGACGGGGAUGAGAUAGAAUACACCGAUUGGGACAGUGUACCAAAGCAAGCCCCAACCGACGAUACAAAAGCUCAGGACGAUAGUGAAGAUAAUGACACCGGCAGCGACGGCUUUUUCUUCCCUGCCGAGCAAUUAACACAACUCGGAAAAGGCACCCGGCGCCUAUGGCAACCAUGGCGGAGGGACCUCCAGCGAUACGACGUUCGACCUUACCGUUGCUUCCAUAUCGGCGAUUCCAUCGAGGCACCGGUCAUGUACCCAGACUUCCGAUACCGCUACCACCUCCCCGACACCUCGGAACUCUACCUCCCCGCUCGCAUCGUCGACGUCCAAGGCGAUCAGUACGUGGUCGAAUUCAGCCCGGCGCUUUCGGUCCAUGGCUGGUGGCCGGGGAGGAUACCCAGGGGUGAAGAAAUCGAGCUGUUUCCUGGGUCGGGUGUUAGGGUAAGGAACCCGGUUGAUCUUAAUCGUGUGUCGGUGGGCAUGGAUCGGGUCCGUCCUUUGUCUGUUGGGCCACGGCCGGUGCUAGGGGUUCAGUCGGCGAAGCCAGCGGGAUGGAGUUCAUUUCAAGGUGUUCGUCUCGGUAACCUUGAGGAGCUUAUGGAGAGGGGUCUUUGGAGCGAUGGUCAUGAUAGUCAGGAAGCGGGUGGCCAGAAAGGGGAGAGCUCAUGA